AUGUUAAAUGACACAGCGAGGGAGCUGCCGCUGGUGUUUGCAACUCUGGCGUUAUUUUUCUUUCUUUUAGCUGUGAUUCAAACCCUCAAAGUUCCUGAGCAGAUUCAUGUGACUGAAGUUGAACUCGGUGGUACAGUGAGUCUGACGUGUGCGGCCCACGGGCACGAACAAGGAUUGUUUUACUGGUUCAAAAUUAAUUAUGGAUUUAUGGUCCAAACAGUUGCCAAGGGAAGUUUUGACAAUGUCAAUCUUGAUGGACCAUUUAUCAGCUCGAGAAUCACAGUCAUAAAAAAGUCUGAUGUGUAUUCUCUCACUAUAAGAAAAGUCAGGAAAGAGGACGAAGCUACUUACUUCUGUCAGGCAGGAGCAGCGUACACGAUGAUCUUUGUUAAUGGUACCUAUCUGGCUGUGAAAGCUUCUCACAAUGAACUUGUCUACGUGAAGCAAAGCUCAGAUAUCAGCUCGGCCCCGCUUGGCUCCACAGCCACUCUGCAGUGUUCACUUUACUCAGAAAAGGAAAGAAACUCACAUCAGUGUGAACGCAGCGCAUUCUGGUUCAGAGCUGGGUCACGGUCUGAUCCGGGAUUAAUUUACACACAUAAAACCAACUGCGAUCGACAAGCAAACAGAAGCUGCGUCUACCAACUGUCCAAAACGAUUCACAUGCCCUCAGACGCUGGGACCUACUACUGUGCUGUGGUCACAUGUGGACAGAUCCUGUUUGGAGAAGGAACUAAAGUGGAGACAAGUACGUUUUUAAAUAGAGAUAUAAAUGAUGUUUCAUAUUUCCAGACCUCUAAAGUUUAUUCAUGUUAA